UCACCCGCUCUUCUCUAUAUGACGAACGAACCGCACAUUAUUGUCAAUGUUAUCCUACACUAUUAAUAAAACAUAAGGCAACAUCAUUGGCGACUACAAUUCAAGAGCAUAUCCUCUGAUUCACAGACACAGACCACUCAUUAUGGCCGGUACCCAAAUGGAUCACAAUUACACGAUUAUGCCAACAAGUGAUCAUACCCACACCGUCAUCUUCCUCCAUGGCCGUGAUAGCAAAGCAGAGGAGUUUGCCUCGGAAUUUUUUGAGAGUCAAGCUUCAGACGGUCGCACAUUCCCAGAAAUACUUCCUGGCUUUAAAUGGGUAUUUCCUUCAUCUAAAAUGAGAUUGUCUGCUCGAUUUGAAACUGAAAUGUCUCAAUGGUUCGAUAUAUGGUGUGUCCAAGAACCACAACAACGCAAGGAAUUACAAAUCAAUGGUCUCAUUGAAAGUAUCGAACAAGUUGUUAAUGUCAUCGAUAACGAAGCUGAUCACAUUCCUAAGGAGCGCAUCUUUCUGGCGGGAAUCAGUCAAGGUUGUGUCACGGCCAUUCUUACCCUUCUCUUGAAUCCUAUGCGUCUAGCAGGAUUCAUAGGCUUAUCAAGCUGGCUACCGUUCGAGGAAGAAACUAUGUCUCUUGCAGCAAGCUUGAAAAUGGGAGAUGAGGAAGGCAUGAGAUCGUUCAAAGUAAUUCAAAUGAAGCUAUCCCCGGACGCUACGUUGAACAGGGAGACUACACCAAUACUUACCACGCCGGUGUUCUUAUCUCAUUCAAAGGAUGAUGAUGUGGUUCCUGAAUCUAAUGGGGAUGUGCUGUACAGAGGGCUUCGUGAACUUGGGAUGAAAGUCACGAGAAAGAUAUAUGAAGAUGGAGGUCAUUGGAUUAAUGAACCUCAGGGUGUAGAUGAUAUUGUGGCAUUCAUUCAAACGUUGCUCUAAUCUAACACUGAAGUAGAUAUAUUCCUGCUGUCUGAUCUCAUCAUACAAUGGAGUUUUAUUCGGGUUUUGGGCAUUCGAGAAAUAUACUUUCUAUCUGAAAGGAUGGGAGAGAGCCAGGGUCUCAAUUUGGUAGAAUCGAACCAGGCCCUCUGUCGAUAGCUCUUGCUAUUUCCACGCGCAUCUUGCCAAUACUAUCCUCCUUCUUACUUU